UUAAACAGCAUAACUUCCGGUGCUAUCAGAAACUUCUGUUAUCUUAUCACAGUUAUAUUUAUAUAUUAAAAGCUAAUGGUGUGGUGUUGUUCUUAGGUCAAUAGUGAAGAAAUGAAAUGAAAUCCGUUCACGCUAUUAGGAAAUGCAUUCAAAUGACGUUAAUUCCACGUAAUCAUAUUCAGUCAAUCCAAAAAGGACAUUUAUCAAAUGUUGUCAUCAUGGAAAAUGCAAACAAUAAUCUGGGAAACGAUACGAAUAGAAUGAUUACGAGAAGUUACAGUAAAAAGUUACACGAGAGGAAAGAAGACGUCAAGUCCAAAUCUGAAAUGCCUUUAAGUAUUGGUCAUGACAAAGAUGGCAAGGAAUUCUAUAUCAGAAUGACUACAGAUGAGCAAAACAAAAGCAACAAGAAAGCAAUAUUGACAUAUGAAUGGGAGCGCCCGAACUUUGCCGAUCUUCAGCAUACUUUUGUACCGGAAGAAUUUAGAGGUCAUGGUGUAGCCAAAUUAUUAGCCGAGACGGCUUUUGAGCAUUUUGUCUCGGAAGGAGCUACAAUGAGACUUUCGUGUACAUAUCUACAGAAGUACGCCUUAGACAAUGAAAAUCCAAGACAUAUGAGUAAUAUUUGUUGGGACUAACAUGUAGCCUGGAUGCAUUGUAUACACAGAUCACCAAUAUAAUCAGUUAAACUCUUUGGACAUUGCCUUAUCUUUUAUUGGAUUCACUGUUGUUUGAAUCUUCAUUUAUUUUGUAAUUCUAUAUGAUCAGAUUCUUUGGAUUUAUUUUAUUUUGAUUGUCAUGUAGCAGUGGAGUAUUGACAGAAUUAAAUUCAAACAUUGUUUACCCUAUACAA